UUUAUUUUAGACAUUAUAGUAAUGCUCACCCUGAAAAACACGCAGAGUAUGUGGCACAGAAACAUAUUAAUUUCAAUCGUAAACAAGUAAUUAUUGACACAUUCUUCACAAAACAGAAUAGUUCGUACGGAUCGCAACAUCCUGACCAAAUUAAAAUUACAGACUCCUUAGUUACAAACCUUAUUGUUGGUUGCUCACUUCCAUUAUCUCUUGUUGAGAAUUCAAAUUUUCGGAAAUUUAUCUGCGAUAUGAAUAACAAGUACGUACUACCAUCACGAAGCCAUCUAACAUCUCAAUUAAUACCAGAGGCUGUUAAAGAAAAAAGAGAACUUAUUUCAAAAAAAGUUCAGUCCAUUGGGCAUAUAGCAAUGACUGUUGAUAUAUGGACUGAUAGAAGGAUGCAUUCAAAUCUUGCUUGUACGGGACACUACUUUUCUGAUGCCAAGCUCCAAAAUUUUCUUUUGGCUUUUCGUCCAGUCAAAGGAAGGCAUAAUGGUCAAUUAAUUGCAGAUGAACUAAAUAACAUCAUUGAGCAAAAUCAAAUCAGAACAAAGCUAGGAUGUGUUGUAACUGAUAACGCCUCAAAUAUGAAAAAAGCUUUUGAUGUGCUCAGUGAAUUUCAGGCUAAUGAGAGUGAAGAUAAAUCUAGACAUAUUGUUAUAGUUGAUGACAAAGAAAUGUGGAAUGAUCUGCAUGAAGAAGAUCAACUCAUUGUGAACGAAGCUAUCGAGCAACAUGCAACAGAAAGAUUGGCCUGCUAUGUGCAUUCUUUGCAGCUGUGUGUAAAAGAUGGACUAACUCAUCUGAAAACAGCUAACAGUUUGUUAGCCAAAUGCUCAAAGCUGGCAAGUUUAACACAUCAAAGUACGCUUUUCCGUGGAAAUUUUUCAGUCAAAGUUUGGAAAAGGACGCUCUAUACCAAAAACCAAUGCUACAAGGUGGAACAGCAUGUUUGUUCAGCUGUCCAGUAUUAUCAGGUUGGAUCCUGUAAAACUUUCGGAUUUGCUCAGAGGAGACCAUAGUAAUCUUAUUUUGACACAACGUGAGAUGGCAAUCUUGCGUGAACUAGUAGAAAUUCUUCAGCCUUUUGCAGAGGCUACAGAUUUUUUACAGGGUGAUAGCUAUCCAACAAUAGGAUGCGUUGUGCCUUCAAUUGUUGGCCUGCAUAAGUGUCUUAACACACUCAGUUCAACUGUCAAGUAUCACAUUCCACUGGUUAACGGUUUGUUGAGCUCCUUGUGUGGCAUAUUUGGUGGAUUCUUGCAGAAUGUCAAAAUUUUGCCAAAAGGUGACAAAAUUAAGAAGAACCUAAAUUUUUCUUCAAUGCUUUACCUAAUGGCCUCAGCCUUAGAUCCCAGUUAUUUGUUACUUUGGCUAGAGGAAGACCAUCCUGGACCAGAUGAUGUCAAAAGAUUUGUUCGUCAACAUAUUGCGACUCUUAUAAGUAUAGUCGUUAGAGAAUUGAAAUGAGACAACAAAAUAUUGUUCCAUUGUCACCAACCACUAUUGCUACAGCUUUCAUGGAAAAAAUGGUUUCGAUUGAAUCAAGCACUUAUAAAGAAGAGGCAUGGGUGAAAGCUCAAUCUGCUGAAUAUUACAAUAUUAUGAAUCCUCUGAUAGAGAAGCUUUUCUGUAUUCCAGCUUCUUCUGCACCAGUGGAACGCAUAUUCAGCCAGGGAGGUUUAAUUAUGCGACCGAAUCGUGUUAGACUGGGUGAUGAGAUGUUAUCGUCUCUUGCUUAUUUGAAAUGUAACAGUGAUGUGUAAACCAUAAUUUCUGACAAUGUUUAGUUUGUUUCUACUAGGAUUAACUAACGUGUUAUAUAAGUUGUGAAAUCAAGUUGUACAAAAACCCAGUUUUUUAUUUAUGUUGUUUCUGAAA